UCCGCCGGAAGUGGGGCUGGGGCGCGCGUGGCUGCCAGUCGCGAUGGGCAAACGGCCGCCGCCGGGUCCUGCGGGCCGCGCUGCCCGGGGGGAGCCGCGCGAGGGCCGGUCGGCGCCGAGGGCCGCGGUCCCGCCCCGGGCUCGCCAAGAGAAGAAGAAAACCAACUCAAAGCCCAAACAUCUUGAUGAGCAGGAAAUCCCCUAUCGGCUUCGAGAGCUCAUUAAGAGCAGAGAGGAGAUGAAAAACCCCAAGAGCAGGAAGAGAAGAAAAGCAGUGAGCAAAAGGAAGCCUGUGACCCCGGAUCCUGCAGCCCAGGGUGAUAUUCCCGUGCCCAAGUUCAAGAGGUGGAAGCAAGAGUCGGUGUCUGCUUACAUCCAGCGCAUGGAGCAGGAGACCCAGCAUGUCCUGUUUCUCACCAAAAACCAGCUGCAGCGCGAGCCUGAGACUGAAGAGCCGGCCCCGGAGAAGUCACAGAGGAAGAAGGACUCUCCAUCCCCUCUAAAUGACCGGCUCGGCAUCCUUAGAUUUCAGAAUAAACGACUGGAGAAAAUGCAAAAGAAGAGAGAGGAGAAGAAAGCGGCGAUGCUAGAGAAGGCCUUGUUCCAAGAUCCAGUUCAGUUUGGCGAGGUCGCCAUGCAGCCACCAGCGCUUACAGUAAAGCCCAGAAAGGGGGUAAUCAAAGAGAAGGCUGGUCCGAGGCAGCUGCUGCUGACGGCUCUCUUGGCUCCUGGCCAUGUGGCUCCUGCCCGCAAAGCUGCCCCCUUGUCCCUCGCUCGCCAGCGCAUCGUGGAGGAGGAGCGGGAGAGGGUCAUCCAGGCCUACAGGGACAUAAAGAAACGCAGACAGCAGCAGGCGCCCGAGAGCUGCCUUGUGGGGGACAAGCUGGAGAAGCCACUCUGAGCCCUCGGGCGGCCAGUGCUGUCCUGGGGAGGAGACGUGGCUUUGGUCUCGGUACAUGUAGGGAUGGAUGCUGAUGUGGUGAGAGGUGGCCACAGGUGCUCCAGGGAUCUGCUGUAGAGGGAGGAGUCCUCCCCAGACAGUCUGACUGAGUCACCAGGACACUGGCCCAUGAGCGCAGGAUCUCACAGCCCCUCCCUCAGAGUGUGGAGCACAGGGCUCUUAGCCAAGCACUGACAGCAGCUAGCCCCUCACCAGGUGCAACAUGCUGCAUCAGGCCCCAGAACUCUGCUCUGCCCCCUUCCUGCUGGAGCAGAACCACGGGUGACGGGAGGGUGCAGGUCACUCCCGUAUCUUUGGGAUCCGUCUUUGUCGCUCGCAGGCCCAGCCCGGAGGUGGCAACACCAUGUUAGGGGCAGGAGGCAGGCACGGCGCCGUGGCUUGGGCUCUGUGUGGAAGGAAGGGUAAAGGGAGACGCUCAAAAAGCCCAUUUCUGCCCAUGCAUUGCUGUGCUGAGUCAGCUGAGCGCUGCCUGCCUUCUCGGCCGGGGGAGCUCACUCUGGGCCGGCUCCCGGAGGUCCCGAACCCACUGAUGUGAAACACUCUCGAAGGGGCAGUCUCGUGCUGAGCUGCCUGUUGUCUGCAUCCCUGAGCACCUCACCCUCACUGGGCUUGGGAAUGUCUGCUCUUUCAGCCAAACUGAAUAAACAGCAGGAAUAUGAAUGGAAA